UACUAAGUGCGUGGACUGGGUGGAUCUGCUGCGGAGAAAGCAGUUGCACGGUCCCUACAAGCAGGCAAGCAGCAUGUGGCCAGCUCUGGUGCUGGGGAUACUGACGGCGAUUUUCGCCUGGAUCUGGUACAGAGGAGGUGAAGAGGUAAAGGAUCCGGAGACUCCGGAGCAGAAGCCAGAGGAACUGGCCGUGACACCAGAGACCGACCAGGAGAGUGUGGGGUCCGAGCCGGGUCAUCUGGCUGCACACCUAGUCUCCAGAGAAAGCAGCCUCCCUGCAGGUGACCAUGAUGGGUGUGAGCUUAAUACCACCGGGCAAGAGGUUCCUUGCCUCAGAUUCCAAAAAAACAAGGCUGUGAACCCCGAAACUUGCCUAGCCAAGAAUGAGCAGAAGUCCGAACUGCAGGGCAAAGACCAAGAAGGACUGGCUGUUGAUCACCUGGAGAGUGGUCUUGAAGUACAAAGACCUGAAACAACUAAUGUUCCUAUUUUAACAGAUCAGCAAUCCAAUGCCCCAGCACCAGAGCUACCAGGUAAUAUACAGGAGCACCCUUCAGAUGUCCCAAAGGAAGAGGAGUUGCAAAAGGAGCACCCUUCAGAUGUCCCAAAGAAAGAGGAGUUGCAAAAGGAGCACCCUCCAGAUCACCAAAAGAAAGAGGCGCUACAAGCUGACAUAGGGGGCACCACUACUGAUGUCCUAAAGAAAGAGCCACAUGGUAACAUAAAGGAGCACCCCACAGAUCUCCCAAUCAAAGAGGUGCUACAAGCUGACAUACAAGAGCACCCUACAGAUGCCCUAAGGAUAGAGAAGCUACAAGUUGACAUACAGGAGCACCCCACGGAUCUCCCAAUUAAAGAGGAGCUACAAGCUGACACACCGGAGCAUCCUCCAGAUGUCCCAAACAAAGGUGAACUAGCCAUUCUACUUGAGCGCCAAGCAGUUUUUCAAGUGAAAGGGGACAAUUUAUUAGAGGAACAUGUCAAAGACCUAGUGCAGACCGGUGCAGAUGAAAGUUGUACAGAGAUUUCUUCCAAAAAUGAUGAGAUACACAGCCAUGAAGUGGAAGUGCACCCCUCUGAGAUCCCAGAAGCAAAGCAAAUCAUUAUUUAUAAGGAGGAAUAUAACCCAUUGAUAAAGGAGAUGCAGCUUUGUGUUGGAAAUCUAGACAAAGUGGAACAGGCUACUGGAGAAGUUCUAUGUCCCACACUAAUGGCAGAGGUGCCUGGAGUACAGAUACUACCAGCUGACUCCUGUCAUGAAAGUAUGUCCGUGCAGGCUAAAGAAUUUUUACACCCAGAAAAUGAAAGUCUGGAUGGUGUCUGUGCAACUGGUGAACUGAAUGGAGAAAACCAAUCGGCCAUAGAUGCAACAGGUUGUCCAUUGGAAAAUGCAUUUGUUGUGAAAGAAAGUGCCCUGAAUCUAUGUGAGGCCAAAGAGACAUUAAAUAAAGACUUGUAUCUGGAGAUGGGCAAUACCUCAAACUAUGACGGGAAUGCCAAUAUUGCUGAUCAGUUUAUGAAACUGUCUAUGGAGAAAUGUGACAUUGUAAAACCUUCUACUGAAUCACCUCAAGAGGGAUCAGCAAAAGUCCAGAAAUUGGAAACUCAUCCUGACAGUUCAUCAGUGGACAUAUGCAACCUUGGGUUCAACCUGGAAAAAGAAAUGGCUGGUCUCAGUAGUUCAAACACAGAUGACAAAACCUCUUUCGGUAGUCCAUCAGAUGCAAAUAUCCAUGAAAAUGACCAUCAGAAGACAAGAAAGGUUGCUACUAUUCAGCCAAUGCCUCAGAAUGUGAAUUUUGUCUUCAAAGUUCACUAUAUCACACAAAAUGACUCUCAAAUUAUUGCCGUCACAGGUGAUCACGAGAAACUUGGUAAAUGGGAGUCCUAUGUCCCUCUGACCUCUAAAAAUGGUGGCUUUUGGUCAGCUACCAUCACCUUGCCUGCAGAUGCCAGUUUGGCUUGGAAGUUUGUAAUGGUUGAAAAUGGCAAGAUAAAACGCUGGGAGGAAUGUAACAAUAGGUUUUUGAAGACUGCACAUGAAGACAUUGAAGCUCAGCUGUGGUGGGGCUACCCAUAAUACAUGGACAUCAGAAGGGACUAUUGGCAUAGCUUUUAGAUCAUACGCCUAGUCCCUCAAGUCACAAAGAUGAAAUCGCAUUUAUACUUCAUCUAUUAACUUAUGUCUGCAGUUUAAUGAUUACCUAGCAUUGCCUGGUUAUUGAAACAUUGUUGACAUAUCAAAUAACCUUUUAGCCUAUAUUUUUUUAGAAGUUGCAUUUUAGCCUGCUGUCAGCCUUGGUUUCCAGAGUGAAAAUACAGCAUGAAAGAGGACUAAAUUAUUGAGUAAAAUACAGUUUCCUUCCUGUAAAACAGAUUUCAACAUUAAUUUAGUAUUCACAACGGAAUUGGACAUAACCUUUUAAUUCACAGUCCGUUUGUUGUACAAAGACGUGUGAUAUUUUGUAUUGUAUCUCAACCACAAGUUAUUUAGGACACAAACUAAACUGGGUGUCAGAUAAUUAAAGUACUGCAUUUAAAAUUUGAAAUGUGUUUCAUAUGUAGCGAGACCUGGUUGUAUUGUAUAGUGAACUUAGUAGACAGUCCACCUACAUUAUGAUUUGUUGAGCUCACCUUUUGCCCAUAUAAAUACAUAUUUGACUGCA